GUCGCAGUCGCCGCUUGGAUCAAGCAUCAAGCAAGGACUCGCAGCGCUUCUCUUCUCUUCUUAGGCCGCAUCCAAAACUGUCUUGUGUCGUGUGUUCUUUGGACGGCAGUUCAGAAUCCGUAGUUUCUACUUCAUCCAUCUCGCGCUGAUCGGUGAUGUAUCCGCGGCCUCUUCCGCCCUUCAAAGACUCAUAGGGAAAAGAGUUCUCUAUUUCUGGUACCGCUGACUACCUGCUGCACCGGCGUCACCUGCCUGUUUCGGAUAAGAAAGCUAGUUUGACAAUAGACGAAACUCCUAAAAUUGAGAAAUGGAGAUUGUCAAGUACAGGUCAUAUGAAAGAGUUGUGUAUACGGCUGGUAUUUGUGGUACUGGUAAAAUCGGAUGUAAAGUGCAAGUCUUUGAAGAAAUUCAAAGAGAAAACUUGGCGCUACCUUAUUUCUUUGAUGAUAAGGAAUUUCAUGCCGAGGAUCUUCACUGCUUGGGGCCCCACAUUGGCAACGUGUUCUUGAAACAUGCUGUGAUGAUCGACCCAGAGAUGCGCCUUCGAGGUGCGAAGCCAAAUGAAUUUGACCGCGAUCAUUUUGCACAGGGCUUCGUAGGCAAUUGCUGGCUUUUGUCAGCUCUGGCUGCUGUAGUGUCUGACACCGAGACCAUGAAAACGAUCUUCCCGGAUUCAAAUGCAGAAAUUGGAUCUGAUUUGCACACUGGCGCUCUAAAAAUUAGGGUGUGCGUUGAAGGCACCUGGGAGGCAGGCGUCGUUGACACCAAAGUCCUUAGAGCAGGAGAAGAUUUUGUUGGUUGCCAACCAGUCCUCAAAGCUGAGAACUUAAUUUUGUGGCCGUUGAUGAUCGAGAAGUAUCUCUUUAAGAGGUAUGGGUUGUGCCUUCUGGACGGAGGGUAUAUGUGUGAAGGGUUUACCCUCCUGACAGAAGGCACCACCAUCACCUUGAGGACAUUCGAAUCCUGUCCCAUAAAACUGCUCGAGCUAAUGCAGCACAUGUUUGAACACAAUGGUUUUGUCUGUGCUGCCACGGAAAAUGCAGUAGAAGGCUCCAAUUCCACCUCACAACUCACGGCUGGCCAUGCAUACUCCGUUUUAGGAGUAUACUUUGUAGAAGUCCAACCUACAUCAGAAAUGAGAGACAAUGGUUUCAAAGAAAUUCUAAUAAAAUUGCGUGACCCUUGGGCGGAUCGAGAGCCCAAAUAUCCUUGGUCUAAAAAGAGCGACCCUCUAUGGAAGAGAGUUUCAGACGCAGAAAAACAAGAAAUUGGAUAUUGUGAGCUUGGUAAUGGUCAGUUCUGCAUACCCUACAGACAUUUCUUUCGGUUGUUCGAGUUUCUGCAACUAUGUAACAGCUCUCUACCUCCAGCCACUCCUGGCAUCUAUAACAGAUAUGAUGGGCUGACUUCUCAAGUGUUUAUGUUGAAUUCCCUCUGGGAACCAGAAUAUUCGGCUGGUGGAGACCGACGCUUUGAGACUUAUUCUACAAAUCCACGACUCUACUUUACUGUGCCCAAGAAUGAAAAUGGAUCUACGUCUUGCACGUGGGUCCGACUGAUUCAGCAAGGGCAGCGAGAAUGCUCCAAUAAUGAUCCCAACUAUUACCAGUUUUGCUACGGAUUCGACAUUUUCCAUGUUGGGUCCGACAACACGAUUGUGAACUCAAACUGGUUGCAAAACAACAAUCCAGUUUUCAGUACAAUCCCCGACUUCUUAAGUCAGACUUCUGCCAUGGUUGAAUUAAAACCAGGAUACUACUUGGUCAUCCCCUACACAGAAACUCCGGAAAGCAAGGCUUAUCAGUUCUCCCUCAAGGUGGUCGUCGAAAGUGACAAGUGCCUCUCUUGCACAAAACUGGAUGAGGAGUAUUGGGAGUGGAUCGAAGACCGUGUGAGUAUGUAUGAAAAAUCCUCCAAAGCUGAUGAGCACAAAGAGCUGGGCAAGUCUGACCAACGCAGAGCACACGAUGAGCUCUUGAGAGCUAGAAGAAAGAGAUGGGUCUAAAAAAUGUCUACAAGAUUUCUGCCCUCUGGAAGCUGCAUUUGUAAAUUCUAAAUUAAACAUGGCAUCGUCUUCUUUGAACAACCAGUACAUCAAUGAUCAAACGGAGCUGGACGAGCUUGCUGUCCUCAACAAUCUAAAUGACAUGAAGCGCACUUUGAUGGACUGCGGCCACCGAAAAUGAUGAGCUUUCGAUAAAAGCUUCUGAAUACUUCUGGCAGAAAUGGCCGCUCUGCAUGACCCAACGAUGGAACUGAAAAGGUUCAACUAUUUGGAAUUCCUGGAUGACAUCGAAAUUUCUACUCUCAAAACUGAUAGCCCUGAAGUCCAAGCUGUCCUUGACGCUGAAUCAAAGGAGGACCAAAGGGUUGUUUAGCCUGAAACCCUUGCAGCUAGCUAAAAAGGAACUCUUUGAAUUCAGGGUCCUUCCAUUAAUGAUGACAAAAGUCAAGCUCAGUGAUUCCACUUCUUGAGAAUUUAAGUUAUAAAUGAAAGCAUAAAUUUAAUUUAAUCCCCUUAAGGAUAUACAGCCACAGCUAAUUGAGAUAGCUUAAUUUAAUUUUUAAAGUUGUUUGAUUUGAUGGGUAUAAAAUAAACUUAUCAAUUGCCCAAUUGGUU